CGGAGGCGAACAUUCCGCGACUGGUGCGUCGGAAACGAAGCAGUGCGCGUCGCAGUCUGCGCCUGUUCACGUCUCAAGUUGCGAUUGUGUCCAGUGUCAAUCGGAACCACAGGGCCGGGGAUUAAUGAGGCUCAGUGCCAGUGCUUAGUGAGGGCAACAAUACCCUGACGACACAAUGACGAAAUAAGUACCAACGAUGUUGCAUGCGUAAUCUACAGUCACGAAGCUCCCAUGCGGACGCCGUGCCAUAGACAAGGAACGGACUCCGUUCGUUCAGAGGACACUUGAGAGCGUACCACCUGGGUAAAUUACUUCUAAAAUAUGGCGCUCUGGGCGCGGUUGCAGGAGCUCCCUCGUGAGCAGUUGCGUCAGUGCCAGCUCAUCUAUGGAGAACACUUCCCCAUUGAAGUACGCUGUGCUCUGGCCCCAUGGAUUGAAGAGAAACCCUGGGUGGAUAUGGACACUGAGUCCCCCUCGUUGGACCUGUAUGCACCACAGGUGUUGGCCACCCUGCUUGAAGAGCUUCAGAAAAAGGCCAACUCUGAGGAGAACUUUGUGAUGAGGCUCAAACUUCUUGAAGCAGUCAACUCAUUUAAGCAAAAUUACAGUCACAAUCCUGGCGCCCUUAUCAGGGUCAUCAAGAAUUGUCUUGCCACUGAACUGCGCAUUGUGCAGCAUGCAGAAAACCCCUGUCAUAGGUUAGCACCCCACGUGGCUGGGCCACAGGACCCACACACAGAGAUCUGUCAGCAAUUGGAGAAGCUGAGGCGACGUACGCAGCUACAGGCCCUGGAAACCGAAGAAGAGCUAAGACGUAUGAUACAGAUUCAAGAGUCCUUCGUUAUCCAAUAUCAGGAGUGUCAGAAACUUCAAGCACUCUACCAACAACAGUCUGCACAGCCGACAGGGCAAGCAAACAUGGAGCUCCUCACCAAAAUGCAUAACGAAACCAAAGCCAUGGAACAGGCUAUUAGGCAGAGGGUGUCAGAACUCAGAGACAUGCGAAUGGCGUUUGCUGAUAAGCAGCAAGAGACAGCAUUGCAACUGAGCACUUUGCAAACACUAGUGCUAGAUGAAGAACUUAUUAAGUGGAAACGUGCUCAGCAGUUGAGUGGCAAUGGAACUCCAUUUGAAAAUAACCUUGACCAGAUACAGGAAUGGUGUGAAACACUCGCAGAACUAAUCUGGCAGAAUCGUCAGCAAAUCAAGAGGGUGGAACAUCUCUCUGCCCAAGUGCCCAUUGGCUCGGCAGCCAACGUGUCUGAGCGCUUCACUACCCUCAAUGCCCAAGUUACCAACCUGCUCUCAUCUCUUGUCACUAGCACCUUCAUCAUCGAGAAGCAGCCGCCCCAGGUGAUGAAGACGAACACGCGUUUCACAGCCACUGUGCGCCUCCUGGUAGGAGGAAAACUCAACGUUCACAUGACACCACCUCAGGUUAAAGUCUCCAUCAUCAGUGAAGCUCAAGCUAAUGCACUUUUGAAGAGUGACAAAGUUAGUGUAGGGGAUGCCAGUGGUGAUAUCCUCAAUAAUACCGGCACAAUGGAGUACCAUCAAGCAACAAGACAGCUCAGUGUUAGCUUCAGAAACAUGCAAUUGAGGAAAAUCAAGAGGGCAGAAAAGAAGGGAACAGAGUCCGUAAUGGAUGAGAAGUUUUCCCUGCUGUUCCAAUCCCAGUUUAAAGUGGGUGGUGGAGAGCUAGUGUUUCAAGUCUGGACACUUUCACUCCCAGUCGUCGUGAUUGUGCAUGGAAACCAGGAGCCACAUGCAUGGGCCACUGUCACAUGGGACAACGCCUUUGCUGAACCGAGGGGCGCAUGUGCUGCAUGGUACAUGCAGGGGCGAGUGCCAUUUGCGGUGCCAGACAAGGUGCCCUGGCCCCAGCUUGGAGAGGUGCUGAGCAUGAAGUUUCGAUCGGCCACAGGGAGGGGACUUUCAGAAGACAACCUGCGUUACCUAGCUGGAAAGAUAUUUCGCAACCCACAGCUUCAAGACAGCAGCCUAAUAUUGGUGAGCUGGGCGCAGUUCUGCAAGGAGCCCCUGCCUGAGCGCAACUUUACCUUCUGGGAGUGGUUUUAUGCCAUCAUGAAAGUCACUCGAGAGCAUCUUAGAGCUCCGUGGAAUGACAGUGUCGUGUGGGGGUUCGUUGGACGGAGGCAAGCCGAGGAUAUGCUUCGCCAAUGCUGCAAUGGAACUUUUCUACUCCGCUUCAGCGAUUCUGAACUUGGUGGAGUCACAAUUGCGUGGCUGCACGAGGAUCCUCAGCAAGACACCAAGGAAGUGAUUAUGAUCCAGCCAUUCACCUCACGAGAUUUCACCAUUCGCAGCCUUGCGGAUCGAGUGAGCGACCUUCAGCAGCUCACUUACAUGUACCCUGACAUCCCUAAGGAUCAGGCAUUUGGGAAAUACUACACUCCCAUAACAGAUACCCAAUCUGCAACAAGUAAUGGUUACGUGAAACCUGUCCUGGUUACUCAGAUACCUGGGCUAAGUGGCUUCCUUGGCAUGGAUAGUAAUCCGUCCACACCUCAGUCGUUUUUCCACCCCCACUCUCCGGACACCGCGGCAAACACGUACCACGAUGGUUCCAGCGCGCUUGACCAAGCCAUGCAGGCGGGGCUCUCUGCACCUGACCUGGACUACAUGGGCGGCGACAUGGAUCUCACAGAGCUGGACAUCCCGGUUGAUUUUUCAACCAUCAACAUUGGGGAACUUGUCAGCUUUACUAAGUGAGCCUCUCUCUGGCAGGUGAGAGCAGCCUCACCAGUCUCUCCACCUCUGCAACAUCUUUCCUCUCCCUCAUAAAAAGACACUACUGCUUGGCUGCUCAGAAAAUGUGUUUGAAAUGUAAAUUGAGGUGUUGCCUGGAAAUUUUGGGAACUAUAUGACACAGUACAAAAGUUUACCAAAAGCACGUGGACAACCCUGCGGCCAUCAGCCUCUGUUAUUCCAGGCGGAGCCUGCUUACAAGCAGAAGCACAGUUGCUGUUGGGAUAUGGUGCUGGCCUUUCUUGACUUACCGGCUUACCGUUCUGCUUACUGUUAUUUGAUCGAUCGAUUUUAAUCCUGUCUGUGUAAAACCCUCAUAGCUUUUUAUAGCAGUCAAAAGCUCCAAACCUCAAUCAUGACACACAGUCCUGUCUUCUUUUCUUUGCUUAUUUUUCUCAUUCAAGUUUUGUCAAUGUACAUGUGCACAUAUAUGUCAAAUGAUUGCAGUGUCAGCGUAGAUAGUCCAGAUUCACAACAGAAACAUCAGUUUACUUUGUCAUUUUAUAUCAGCUGAUACAUGGAGGAGACUUUUCCAUGCGUGGUUCACCAGUGACUGUGCUUCGUCUAAAUUUCAUGUGUUUGACCUGGAUUGCACAGCAUUUCCAGAGGUGUAAGCAUUUGUUUUGAAAAACUUCUCUAUUCUGAAGAUAUGCACCUUGAAUUUGAAGACUAAAACGACAACACAACUACACAAACUCAGAUGUAGUUGUGUUAUCCUUUUAGUCCUCAAACUCUAGGUAUGAAUCCUCAGUCUACGUCACCCCUGCACUCAUUCUUUCUUCCCUAAUCUGUUGGGAUUGUCAUGGCGUGGCACAGUUUAUCUAUGUAGGUGCUGCAAACUCUGAGAGCUAUAGCUCAGUACAGCAGAGUGGUAUAGCUUUGUUCAUGUGUCAUUACUAAAGGUUACGGCCUGGCAUCAGUUAUUCAGUUAUUAGCAAGUUAGAUAUUGCACAUUCUGUAGGUUGCCUGCACAUUUGACUGUGUUGCUAAGGCCUACUUGUGUAGAUCCUCUAGCAUCAGUAGCAUCAAGUAAAUGAAGCUCAUUGUCCCAAGCGACAGGACUGUUUUUUGCUUUUCUUUUUGAAAGCACUUUUUGUGCAUAUGCAUCUUGCUAUGUGGACCCCACGUUCUUGUAUGUCUUUUCUAUGUUUACUCUGUGAUUGUGUGGUUGCAUUUAAAUUCUUUGCCCACUCCGGAUUGAAUGGAGGGAUCUAGAAAUACUGUAGGAGGCACAUUAUGGGCACAAAUAUGGCUUGUUUCAAGGCUGGUAUUCUCACUGAAACGUAAUGAUAAACACGUUCUCAAAGUCCUUGGAAGAUGCAGAUGGUGCCAUUGUAAUAUACAGCCGAAAUAAAGUUUGCAAAGAGCACCAUCAAAGGAAACCUACACAGAAGGAAUAUUUUAUAGAUUAACAUGAUUUAAAUUAUGUAAUUGAAUUAACUCGAAUUAAGUUAUUUUACAAAAUACUACUUCUGUUGAAAGUUCCCUUUGAUGGUGCUCUGUGUGAACCUUAUUUCUUCAAUAUAAUCAUAAAGAUAUUGAAAAAGGUGCUUCAGCAUAGCAAAGUUUCUCUCUUGUUGAAAAAGGUGUUUCAGCAUAAGUAUAUGAGCCUUGAGUUCAGCUCACAUUUAGCAUUGUAAUUUGCGAUGUUGCACUUGAGUACUGUUUUGGAUAACAUGCAGGCCUUCAUGGAACGUCACAUUACAGAAAUGACAAAUUUCAUCUUCAAAUCGGUGUUCAACUUUGCGUCAGUGCUAGAGAAGCAUGCUUGUGGAUAUUGUAAACCAUCGCUUUUCUUCACCGUAGUUAUUUCUGUAAAAUUUGUGGCGUGUAACUGAACACAAGGCUCCAGCAUGAUUGACACUUUUUAGAGAGGUCACCUUUUAUUUACAUUUUUUUUUCCCCCUAUGAAGCGGUAGAUCGCUAUACACCACCUAGGUAGGUCCUUCCCCAUUUCCAUGUUUAAUGGUGGCACUGAAUCGGGUUAAAAUUUGGGCUGCUCGGUAAGUCAUUAUUAAAAAAGCGAUAACCGCCCCAUGCUGGGCACAUAGAGGUUGUUUGUCAGACCACUGCCUGUAUGUGUGUCCACCAUGGGGCUUUUAUUUUUAGUUGUGGGAGGGACCAUCUUGCACAUAGGCCCUGUCUUUUAUGCCAAGGUAAAGCGGAUGAAGGUAGCAAAGUAAAACACUCUGAAGCAUUUUCUGUUUGUGUACUUACAUUGCCCAGUGGUGCACCAUGGUAGCAUGACAACUGUUAUUUCUAGCAUUCUACAAGGCAAAUUUGCGAGUUUGUGCACAUUAUUAGGUUUAUUUGAAUAAUGAAGUUUUGGUUGGAAUCAAAUCUGAGAUGAAUGUUGUUUUAUGUGCUGCCGCCCAGAAGACGGAUUUGUUGUCAAAUAUUCUGCAUGGCUACUUUACCUAGAAAUUGUGUCUUCACUGCGACUAUGAGUAUGGUUAUUGCCAGGCUUGUAUGGUAGACUUAGUUACCACAUAUGUAUAUCUCUUGAGAGCAGAGGAGCCAUUCUACUUGUAAUGGUAGGGAAAAGCAGUUCCACUUGAUUUUCUUGUGGCAUACACAAUAUUGUUCAAUGUUUUAUUUCUCACAGUAUUUGAAUACUAUAGCAAGCCUUUUUAACAUGCACAAUGUAUUAUGAUUAAUGAUCACUUCCUCUUAAAAAACAGCUGCAGACACGUAUCCUGUCCUUUUCAUUUGGAUCAGUGGUUUUUGGUUGUGUCACAAAUCAUUCGUUACUUUCGAUUUACAAGACAUUCUUCCAGAUUUGAAGGGCGCGUAGUGUUACCCUUUAACAUAAUUGCUUUCCAGCUUUAAGGCAGAAAUAAAGGGUACGCUACAUAGACAAGCGUCUCCACCAUCGAUAACUUAGCUUUGAAUGUAGCAUAACGUUAUUGACAACAUUAGAAAAAAAAGCACACACACCAUGCACAGCUUAGAGUCAGUAAACUGAGUUAUAAACAAAUGCAUGUUGCAGAUUUGCAGGACUUCUGAAUUCUGUCACACUGGAUUGGAUUAGUUUGACUGAGGCAUGCAUUGAAAUUGCUUUGAAUUAAAUUGCUUCGGCUGUCAAACUCUGCCCGCAAAAACCCGAACUGCCCAGUCUGUAUACUGUCAUGACAGAUAUUCGAGGCCACUACUAUAUCUGAAGUAUUUCAGAAAAUACUCCUCUCAUGGCUCAUGCCUCCACUAAACACCAACCCAUCAUCACAAACUAUUCAGGUCACGCAACACUUUGAUACUCAGUCGAAUACCUCACAUAUAUUUGCACAUCCCUACACAUUACUGGAACCAGGAUUCUUGCAUUUCAUAAAGUAGGAUGUUUCCCAGCUUUUUCAAAGCACAUGGAGAACUGCAUUUAUGUGAAGUAUUUUCUUGAAAGCUUCCUUCAUUUCUAUCACAUUGUACAUGCACAAUAUUAUUCAGGUAACUUCUAUUUAUUACGCAGUUACUUACGCAUAUUAUAAUGUGCAUCUUUUAUGAAACUGCAUUGAGACAUAACUUCCUAGCAUAUUUAUGAAGGACGGCUUCAUAAUUCUGUGAUGCAUGACUCCUGUAUGCAUGGACCUUAAAUUGGUGUUCAGUAGACCCUAUUCUUCCAAAACUGAAUUUCACAUUUGCAGUGAUAUUGACCCACAAGAAGUGCUUAUCAUGAAUGCCGAGCAUCCGUGUGUCAGUGAAAAGGAAUACAUUGUCAUGGCCACAUAGCUGCGUUGCUUGUCAGGAUCACACUGCCCCUGUAGUGCUUGCACUGUAGAUCACUCUUAGCCACUACUAGUGCCCUGUCACUGCCAUAAAUAGUUUAGCUGACACUUAAUAACCUUCAUGUGGGUAUGCGUCUAACCUUGAAACAAGUGGCAUUUUUGUCAUUUCUGGAGCUUCCGUUUGGAUCGAGAAUUUAGUGAGCGAAAUGACUUAUGUUGGGUUGCCACACGAUGUAUGGUGGGAUUGGCGCCGAUUAUGGUUUCUCAUGCUAACAUGUGUUGUACGAAAUAGUUUAUGAAAUCUGAAACAAAGUUCUGUCACCAUGCAUGGGGACAUGGACGUUUGUUUAAGACACACACCAAUUGAAAUGAUGUACAAUAUACAAGAAUCAUUUCAUCAUACACCAAAGUUGGCAUAAGAUAUCACUAAUGGUUAGUUAUCACUUUUUCCUUUUGAUUUAUGAUUUAUGAAAGAUACUGAUUUUACUGCUACUACUGACUUUUUGCAAAUUUGCAAUCUACAGCUUGACCCCAUGGUAGAAUAUUCUACACAAUUUCAUUUGCAAUCUCAAAUUUGAUAGAGCACCCACUGUUCUAACUUUACAAAGGGACGUCGUGCAAGAACACCUCGAAGAAUUAUCUGACUGCUUUCUGUAAAUAUUAUUUCGUUUAAGCUACAUGUUACUUUUUUUUUGUUUUGUUUGUUCAGCUUUAAGAGGCAUGUGCCAAGUGUGAGGUCUUCAAUGUGAUCCCUGUUGUGAGGAGAGGUUGCAGUGAAGUGUCUGUUUUGUUUCAUUGCCAUUCCUCAUCAUGGAGGUAGACUCUUUUUAUCAAGUACAAAGCAAAUUGAUACUGAAAAUGCACAGUUUAUACGUACGUGUUGGCAUACGAUUGUAUAUGCUGUCAUAUGCGCAGAAUAAAACAUGUUGGUUGAAUGAGC